AAUUCACAAAAGAUAUUCUCGAUUCGCAAUUUUCUGUUUAUGAUCUUAAGCGUCUUGAAUCUUAUUCAAAUAAUAUGUUGGAUUAUCAUGUAAUAAUGGAUCUUGUUCCUGCAAUUGCUUAUUUAUACUUUGAGAAACGAUUUGGCGUAAAUGUAGUACUUUCUGGCGUGCAGUGCUCGAUAUUAUUGGGUAUAGGUUUACAAAAAAAGAGUAUUGAUGAUUUGGAGAAAGAGCUUACACUUCCCUCAGCGCAAGUUCUCGCAUUAUUUAUGAAAAUUAUUCGUAAAUUUUCUACAUAUUUUCGAUCUUUGGAAAUAUCUGAAAUUCAAAAAGAAAUUCCACAUGAAACAACUGUAGUAAAGAAAAAAGUAGUCACCACUUCCAUUGAUUCAAUAGAAACAAGUAUUAAUAAUAUAACGAGUCCUCAAAUCAAUAACGAUGCUGCAUGGGAUCCUGUAUCGAAGUCUCUAAACGAAGAUUUAGAUGAAGCUGGUGAUGAGGCUAUGAAGCAAAUAAAAGAAAAACAAAGAGAAUUGAUUGACUCGUUGGACUUGUCAAAAUAUACGAUAGGCGGAUCAACAGAAGAUUGGGAGGCAGCAGAAUCGCAAAUAAAAGCAUUAACUUUAGGAAAGAAAUCGAACUUAACAGUUGUUAGUGUUAAAAAUCCAAAUUCUACGAAAAAAAGAAAAUUAACUGAAACUGCUGCAAAUAUUGUAAAUCAAGAAGCAAAAAAGACUAAAAAUAAAAGAAAAAAAUCGCAUGGUAGUUAUAAUUGUACACAAAUCAAGGAG